AUGGAGUCACCACGUUCAGCAAAGCGCAGAAAGCUCGAGACGAUAGCGGAAAGCCCGCAGCGCACCAACAGCACGACAGCACCGCCGCCCGCAGCAAACAAGACACCCCGACGAGACACGCACAAUGACGCCCGCGACACCAUCCGCGUCGCCAGUGUCGCUACACCCUCGUCGCUGAACCUCACACCCUCGAAGCCCACGCCACGGCCAGCGCCCACUUCUGCGACCAAGAGCAACAGCAAGAUUGGCGGCUUGAUGGCACGGCUGAAUGCAAAGAUUGCAGAGAGCCAGUCGCCGCAAAAGUCUCCUGUGAAGAUUUCAGGAAAUGGGGCUCCGGUGAUGGUGAGAGUAGAAUUGCAAGAGGUGGAGAAGGGUGCCAAAGUCAAGACGCUGUCGCAAAAGUUGAGAGAGACGUUUGAGCAGGAGCAGUUGGAGAGGGCGGCCAAGCGGAAACCGAAACGCACGCUGGAGGAUCAGAUGAGGGAACUUCAGGACGCGAGUAAGAGGGAGGUCGAGCGUGGUGGCAUGCAGCAGAGUGAGGUGAUCAAAGUGCAACCUCCACCUACGCAAGAGAAGAGGAAACCCGGCAGACCGAGAAAACAUCCCAUCGUGGAAGUGGAUCCGCCAGACGAGAAUGAUGGCUCGCUGAGUCCUUCCAAGCUCGCCUCGGCCAGGAAGCCUCAGAUGAGGGACAUGAGUCCUAUGCUGCUGCACGAAAACGGUACACGGCAACCUCUCUUCACACCACGCAAAGGAGCUCUCUCUAGCCCUCUGAAACAACCUCGCUCGCAGGCAAUGAUAGACUUGGACAUUGCACCCGCACAGACAAACGCAUCAGCCAACCUCUCCAUCUCCGCCAGCGAUCUCCAAGCCAUCCAAACCGCCGUCCUCGACCAACUGCAAGAACGAACUCACACACCCUUCACAAACCUCUCGUCUGAAUACGACAAGCUCGCCCAAGUCAUCAACCAGACCAUUGUCGCCGGAGAAAGCAACAGUAUCCUCGUCAUCGGCGCCAGAGGAACCGGCAAAUCCGCAAUCGUAAACACAAUCCUUGACGACCAAGCCCAACAAAAUCCAGACCUGUUUCAUGUAGUAAGACUCAAUGGCUUCAUACACACAGACGACAAGAUUGCCCUACGGGAUAUCUGGCGCCAACUCGGCAAGGAAAUGGCGCUGGAAGACGACAACAUGGCAAAGAAUGCAGCAGACACAUUAACCACUCUACUCGCUCUACUCUCCCAUCCAGAAGAGUUGGGACGACCCACCGAUCAAGUCACCAAAAGCGUCAUUUUCAUCUUGGAAGAAUUCGAUUUGUUCACCACACAUCCACGCCAAACCCUUCUCUACAAUCUCUUCGACAUUGCCCAGAGCCGAAAAGCCCCCAUCGCCGUCAUCGGCACAACCACUCGCUUCGAUGUCGUCGAGCAAUUGGAAAAGAGAGUCAAAAGCCGCUUUUCUCACCGCCAUGUGCAUCUAUCCUCUGCCGCAAAUCUGUCCGUCUACAGAGAAAUGUGUCAAAAUGCGUUGACGCCCUUCUCAGCAGAGGCACUCACAGACGAAGCCAACACCACUUGGAAAAAACUCAUUGUUGAUUUAUUCAGCAUCGAGAGCUUUAAUACUCAUCUCCGCAGUUUGUACUACACGACAAAGAGCAUACGUGCUUUUCACACCAGCAUGUUACUUUCCAUCAGCACUCUCCCCACAUCAACCACAACAACCACCACCGAACCCAUGACCGCAGAAUCCCUCCUCGCCCACCUCAGCAACACCUCUCUUCUAAGCGCACUCACACCCCCAGACUCCAAACUCGCAGCUUUGUAUUCCCUCUCCACCCUCCAACUCUGCCUCCUCAUCGCCUCUGCCCGUCUCACAAUCAUCCACGCCACAGAAACCGUGUCCUUUGCUCUCGCUCAUGCGGAAUACACUUCGCUCGCUUCGCGCGCNAAAAUCGCCGCUUCGGCGUCUGGGCAGCUCGCCGUCGGGGUGGGCAGGGUGUGGAGUGGAAAUGUCGCGCGCGCGGCUUGGGAAGGGCUGGAGAGGAAAAAACUGGUCUUGCCGGAGGGUAAAGGGGCUAAGAGUUAUAGGGUUGAUGUGAGAUUGGAGGAGAUUGGAGAGACGCAGGGGUUGGAGAUGGGGUUGGUGAUGGCAAAGUGGUGUAAAGAGAUUUAG